ACCGCGCGCAGCCGGGCUCGUCAAGUAGCGGCUCGGAGCGGCCCCAGCCGCCCGUCGCAGCGUGGCGUCCUCGCUCCGGGUCCGCCGCUCCGGGGUCGGCCUGGGGAGGCCAGAGAGCCGGGAGCCCGGUGCCCCUAUGUGCCGCCGCGCCACCGCGCCGCCCCAGCUAUGACCCUGAGCACAGAGAUGUCCGAUGCCUCCGGCCUCGCCGAGGACACAGACAUCGACGUGGUGGGGGAGGGCGAGGACGAAGAGGAGGAAGAGGACGAUGACGACGAGGGCGGCGGCGGGUCCCGGUUGCCCAGCUCGGCCCAGCGGCGGCGGCGCUCCUACGCCGGGGAGGACGAGCUCGAGGACCUGGAGGAAGAGGAGGACGACGAAGACCUGCUGCUGGCCUCGCGGCCUGCCGCGUCCCCCGCGCCUCCGGGUCCUGCGCCCGCCCCGGGGACCGGAUCGGGCGGCUGCAGCGGCGCGGGAGCGGGAGGCGGCGCGGGAGGUGGCGUGGGCGCGGGCGCGGGCACGGGUGGGGGCGGGAGCGCCAAGAACCCGCUGGUGUAGCCGCCCUACUCGUACAUCGCGCUCAUCACCAUGGCCAUCCUGCAGAGCCCCAAGAAGCGCCUGACGCUCAGCGAGAUCUGCGAGUUCAUCAGCGGUCGCUUCCUUACUACCGGGAGAAGUUCCCCUGCCUGGCAGAACAGCAUCCGUCACAACCUGUCGCUCAACGACUGCUUCGUCAAGAUCCCGCGCGAGCCCGGCAACCCGGGCAAGGGCAACUACUGGACGCUCGACCCGGAGUCCGCAGACAUGUUCGACAACGGCAGCUUCCUGCGGCGCCGCAAGCGCUUCGGCGCCAGCCGUUGCUCGCCCCCCCACGCGGCGGCCGAGGCGCUGCUGCUGCGCGGUGCGGGGCCGGCGGCGAGCGCAGGGGACCCUGGGCGCCGCGCUCUUCCCGCCGCCGCCCCGCCGCCCGCCUGCGGCUACGGAGCCUACGGCUGCGUUUACGGCCUGCAGCUGCCGCCCUGCGCGCCGCCCUCCGCGCUCUUCGCUGCCGCCGCCGCCGCAGCCGCUGCCGCCUUCCACCUGCACUCACCCCCGCCGCCGCCGCCGCCGCCUCCUCCCGGCGCGGCCGCCGAGCUGGCGCGGACCGCCUUCGGCUACCGGCCGCAUGCGCUGGCCGCUGCCCUGCCCGGCCCGUUGCAGGCGGCCGCAGUCAAGGCGGGAGGCCCGGGCACCGCAGCGCUCGCACGCUCGCCCUUCUCCAUUGAGAGCCUCAUCGGGCGCACUCGGGGUCCGGCGACCGCCGGUGCGCACGCCUCGCCUGGGGCCACCAGCGGGACCGCACCGGGCCCCGGGGGCGGAGGCUGCGCGGUGCAAGCGGCUGCGGGUCCCGCCGUCGCGCUCACCCGCUCGCUCGUGGUCGCCGCCGCGGCUGCUGCCUCCUCCGUGUCGUCGUCCGCCGCGCUGGGUACUCUGCACCAAGGGACUGCGCUGUCCAGUGUGGAGAACUUUACUGCUAGGAUUUCCAAUUGUUAGAAACGCGCGGGAGAGAGCGAAGGUAGGACCCCGGCUCCUUUCUACGGAUGGGGGGUUGGUUUUGUUCGCCCCUCCCGGCCCUCGGCGACCUCGCGCCCCCAUUUUCGCCACUUCGGAUUCUUGGACCAGACCGUGUUGGGCGACAGCGGGGGCGCCCGGCAGUUUGGCUCAGAGGGUCAUCUAUUUAUGCAAAAUCGCCCUAUGCUGCAACCCUGACUUGGGGUGGGAGAGAGGGGAGUCGCCCUGUCUUGGCACUAGGAGCUUCCUUGACUUUUGAAAAAUUGAGAAAAACCAAGCAAAAUCAUCAAAACCAAGCCUUUUUGAAGUAUAGAGAUUCUCAGGUCCAGGCGUUAAAAAUAAAAUCAGUACUGUUUAAAUGCAGCUUAUGCAAAACCAGCAAAGGUCUCCAAGAAACGCCUUUAUUUGCUCACACAUGUUUGGUAUACUUUUUCAUGGAAAGGAAAAAAUGAUUAACAUGUUUACACAAGAAACAAGUCGAAACUUAUCAUUUCCUAUUUUUAACCUGUGUUUUGUAUCAUAAUGGACAUGCGGAAUUUUUAUUUUGUACUUACUACGUAUUCUUUGCAAGGAGUAUUGUAAAUUUUACUGGCAAUUAUUAUUGUACUAUUCUAAUGUAAGAUUUUUACGCGGUUUUCCAGAAAUAAAAUGCUUAAUUUUCAAA